GGUGAGAAGAUAAGUUCUGUUCAAGGAGGUGAGGAGUCUUGGCCAAAGCUCCUCCCUCGUCUUAGAAGAUGACAAAUCAGCAUUCUGAAGAGAUGGUCAACCUAAGGCUGCCCUCAGUUCUCUCUCCAAGAGACACUGUCCCGGGACGACUUUAAGUAGAGAUAGUCAGGCAGGGAUGAAGUUUUCACCAACUCCUCUUCCUAAAUCCUUGUUAGACAUGGAUGUAGCCAAUUACUGCGAGGGCCUGGACCCGACCUAUAGCACACUGGGCUUUGAGAAUGCAGAAGUGCUUUACUGUGGUGAAAACAUGCCGACAGAGCCCAGCAUCAGUCAAGGAGAAAAUGGCGUGAGCUCCAACUGUGCAAUCUGUGGUGAUAAAGCCACAGGUAAACAUUAUGGCGCCUCCAGCUGUGAUGGCUGCAAAGGCUUCUUCCGCCGGAGCAUCCGGAAGAGUCAUGUCUAUUCCUGCAGGUUUAAUCGUCAAUGUGUUGUUGAUAAAGACAAAAGGAACCAGUGCCGUUUCUGCAGACUUCACAAAUGCUUUCGAGCUGGAAUGAAGAAAGAAGCCGUGCAAAAUGAGCGGGACCGUAUCAGCUCGAGGAGGAACAUACAGGACUCACAUGACCUGCCACCAAUCACAGCCCUGGCUCACGCUGAAGCGCUCUCGCAGCAGCAGAUCAACGUCGCCAGCCAAACGGGCCCUGCUGAUGUUUCAGAGAAAAAAUCAGCCACUAUCAGUGAUGUCUGUGAAUCUAUGAAGCAACAGCUGCUUGUUCUGGUAGAGUGGGCUAAAUACAUCCCAGCCUUUGGCGAAUUGCCACUUGAUGACCAGGUUAGUUUAUUACGAGCUCAUGCUGGGGAGCAUCUUUUGCUUGGCGUGGCUAAGAGGUCAAUGCCAUACAAAGACCUCUUGCUUCUAGGAAAUGGCUGCAUUGUCCAUCGAAACUGCCCUGAGCCGGAAAUAGGUCGUGUAUCCAACCGAGUCUUGGAUGAACUGGUUCUUCCUUUCCAGGACAUCCAAAUUGACGAGAAUGAAUAUGCAGCUCUAAAGGCCAUUGUGUUCUUCGACCCUGAUGCCAAAAGCUUAAGAGACCCCUCCAAGAUCAAGGCGAUGCGUUAUCAGGUUCAAAUGAGUCUGGAAGACUACAUUAAUGACCGGCAGUAUGACUCGCGUGGGCGAUUCGGGGAGCUUUUGCUGCUGCUUCCUACUCUGCAAAGCAUAACCUGGCAGAUGAUAGAGCAGCUACAGUUUAUCAAGCUUUUCGGUCUUGCCAAGAUAGAUAACCUGCUGCAGGAGAUGCUUCUUGGGGGUCUAAACACAGAGCAACCUCACUUACAUCACAAUGGUCAUCCUCAGGGUCCACUAAUGGGACAGACCAUAGUCAUUAGCUCCAUCCCAGGAUCUGCACACUCACAGCAGAUGGCUUCCCCAGAUACCCCCAUUCCAUCUCCCACUUCAGGACAGAACCAGGAGGUCUACCAGCCCCCCGGCAGCCCGGCUCUCCUGCUCCUGCCACAGCCCAUGCCAAACAGACCCUCUCCUGAGCCUCCCCUCUGAGUCCACUCUCUGCUACAUGCCCUGUAUGUUUGUAUAUGUGUAAAUUAUAUGAGUUAUGACCUUCCCCACAUCCACCGCAACAUAUUUAUCCCAUCAAAAGGGAACUUUCCAAAUAAAUUUCAAAUGUAUUAUAAAGUGGAUCACCACUAAUUGAAAAAUGUAUUUCAUUAAAGCAUCUGUCAUGGUGGCAGACCUGGGUUUCUCCUUGUAUCAGCCUACCGCUGGUAACUUAGUAAAUGUGGAUAAUAUUUGUUUAUUAUUAAAUUAUUGUCAGUUACAAGGUACUUGCAACUCUAAAGAAAUUUGUAUUUAAUUUGAAAAUGUGACCUUAAACACAAUAAAUAAAUGCUCUUA